AUGGCUUUCGUGAGAAGUAUAUUUGGUGCAAAGAAGAUUCUUGGCCGCUCCUUAACAGCAGCAACAAGCAAAAGGGUACCCUCAGCGGCACCAAAGGGGUUUCUUGCUGUGUACGUAGGAGAGGCGCAGAAGAAGAGAUUUGUGGUGCCAGUCUCUUACUUGAGCCAACCUUCGUUUCAAGCUCUUUUAAGUAAAGCCGAGGAAGAAUUUGGGUUUGAUCAUCCAAUGGGUGGAUUAACGAUCCCUUGUCCCGAAGAUAUCUUCAUCAAUGUAACUUCUCGGCUUCAAUGAUGAUCAUCCAACAUAUUGUUCUUAGAGAUAGAGAUAGACUUAUUAUUUGUAAAUAGAGGAGAAACGUGUUUUCUCUUUCAUCCUGAAAGAGUUGUUCCAAAUUUUUUGAAAGUAAAUACUUAUUUUCUAUUGUAGAUACAGUCUUGACUCUUGAGUCAUGUUAAAUUAAUACAUUUUGGAUGUUCA